AUGGAGAAGGAAUUGGGUAUGGAUAGAACUUUGCAUCGACUAUUGACUGAACAUAGUCUUCCCAUUUCUAGCGGUGGUAGCAGUUGUAGUAAUGAUGAAGAUGUCGAUGAUUCAGCUGGUGAUAUUGGGUUGGAUCAAUUGGCUGAGAUGAAUUCGGAUUGGUUGGAGACUGAUAUUUUGCAUGGCAAAGCUUUGACUUUGGAGAGUUUGCUAGAGGAUCAACCUGAGGAGUUAAUAUUUGGGUUGGGUAAAGCUAAUGAUGAUGAUGAUGAUGAUGAGGCCCAUGACAUUAUGGAUUUGAGCCAUUUGAAUGGUGCUAUCGAUAGCAACACUAAUAAUAACAACCAUAAUAAUAAUCAUAAUCAUAUUAAUAAUCAUAAUCAUGACGGUAGCCAUUAUCACAGUAAAAUCAACGAAAAUGUCAUGAAAAGAGCAUUAGAUGAUCAUAUUAACGAUCUUUUAGAUAAUAAAAAAAUUAAGAUUGAAGAUAAAAUUGCAUACGAGUCAAUAUUGACACCAGUUUCAUUAUCUCCAUCAUCUACAGAUGGUGUCGAGAACAAUACUAAUACCAAUUCCAAUAACAACAAUAAUAAUAAUGUCAAGGCAUCUUCUUCCCCUGACUAUAAGCAUAAACAUAACGAAAACGAUAACAAAAUAGCCAAGCCUAAUUAUAAACAUGGUUUGGCUUUACCUAUCACUAAGCAUAUUCUCAAAGAAAAGAUUCAAACACCAAUAUCUCAGGUUCAAACAGUUGUUCUUCCUGUCCAAGAACGACCAAUUGAAAAAUUUACAAAUGAAUUUACAAUGAAACAAGUUUUUGAAAUGAAACAAAGAAUGAUCAACACUCAUAAAUUGAUGUUGAAUUUCAAUUUAUUAAAGGAUAGUUACUCUAAGACAUGCAUUGAAUUGAAAAAAUCUUUAGUUUUAUUAAAAGAUAUUGAAAUUAGCAGAUCACAUUUAAUUGUUGAAAAUGAACAAUUAAAGUUGGAAUUAAAAGCAUUGAAGCAGAAAAAUCAAGUGCCAAAUUUAACUUCAGAUUAG